UGAAGCAUCAUUGUGCGAACAUGCGUAUACUGGUAUGUGCAUUAACAAUAUUGUCGGCGGUAGCCGCACAGAAGGAUACUCACUAUGCACCCGGCCACGAUGGCAUGGUGCAUCUGUUUGAGUGGAAAUGGAAUGAUAUCGCGGUAGAGUGUGAAAGGUUUCUCGGUCCUCAUGGAUUCGGUGGCGUACAGGUUUCGCCGAUCCAAGAAAACGUAAUUGUACCCAAUAGACCGUGGUGGGAACGUUAUCAACCUAUAUCUUACAUCUGGCACACGAGAUCGGGUACGCCACAGGAAUUCAAGGAUAUGGUUCGCAGGUGUAACAACGUCAACGUGAGAAUUUUCGUCGACGUAGUGUUCAACCACAUGACUGGCAAUCAUCAAGAUGCAAAGGGUACCGGCGGCUCGACGGCGAACACUUUUAACUUCAGCUAUCCGGCAGUGCCGUACACACACGCUGAUUUUCACUAUCCUCCUUGUCCCAUCAACAACUACAACGAUGAGUUCAAUGUAAGAUACUGCGAACUGUCCGGUCUGCACGAUCUCAAUCAGAGUAAGGAGCACGUCAGAGAGAAGAUUGUCAACUUUUUGAACGAAGUCAUCGACGCUGGAGUGGCUGGUAUCCGAGUGGAUGCAGCUAAACACAUGUGGCCACAUGAUCUAAAAGUGAUUUUCUCGCGGCUGAAAAAUCUCAAUACCGAUCAUGGUUAUCCUGCAGGCACGCGGCCUUAUAUAGUUCAAGAAGUAAUCGAUUACGGUAGUAACGAAGCGGUCAAAAAAUAUGAAUACAACAGUUUCGGCGCGGUGACAGAAUUCACAUAUGGCAUGAAGAUCAGCAACGCCUUGAGGGGAGGCGAUCAAAUAAGAUGGUUCCGUAAUUGGGGAGAAGAAUGGGGCAUGUUACCGUCAAAGGACGCUCUGGUGUUCAUCGACAACCAUGAUACUCAACGGGGCAAUUCCGCAAUACUGAACUACAAGUCGGCGAAAUUGUAUAAGAUGGCCGUUGCUUUCAUGUUGGCGCAUCCCUACGGCGUUCCGCGUAUUAUGAGCUCCUUCGCUUUUGACAAUUUCGACGCGAGUCCGCCGCAAGACGCUUCCGGUAAUCUUCUGUCUCCGAUCAUCAAUUCUGACCUGACUUGCGGCAACGGCUGGGUCUGCGAACACAGGUGGCGUCAGAUUUACAACAUGGUGCACUUCCGAAAUGCUGUGAAUCAAACCAACGUCGGAUUCUGGUGGGACAACGGCUGGAAUCAAGCCGCCUUCUGCCGCGGAAAUCGCGGAUUCUUCGCGAUCAACAAUGACAGCAAUGAUUUGAAACAGAAUCUCUUCACCUGUCUGCGACCCGGCACUUACUGCGACGUCAUUUCCGGCAGCGUGGAGAAUAACAAGUGUACUGGCAAAGUUGUAAAAGUGGGUCAAGACAGCAGGGCCUACAUAGAAAUUUUGAAGCACGAGGAAGAUGGUGUACUCGCCAUCCAUGAAUUGGCAAAGCUGAAAGACUAACGACUAACUAGUUAUGGAUAUGCAAUAUGUUAAUUAUUAUAUAUUAAUCUAUAUAUAAUAUUUAUAUUAUUACUUAUUAUGUAUUAAAAAUAAUGAUAUCAAAUAUUAUUAAUAAAUUUAAAAAAU